AUGCAAGAUAUGAAUGAUCAGAGUAUACCUACUGAACCUUCUGCACCAUCUGAACAACCAGCUGCCCAAUCUAAUGUGCAAAACACCCAACCAACACCCACAAUGUUCAAACCCAAAAAAAGGAAUCAAAAUAAAAGAAGAAAAAAAACAUCUUCACAUGGUUCCGAAGAUAUUAUGAUAACAGAUGAAUCCAUUUCGGAAGCAUUUCAACUACUUCAUCAAUGUGCUCAAAUACAACAACCAGAGUCAGAUUCGUACACCGCUUUUGGACACUACGAAAAUAUGAUCAUAUAA